AUGCCUUCUCGCGAUUUGCUUCUUCGUUCCCAAUCAGCAAUGGAGUCCCCACAAAAUCUCAACAUCGAAAUCCCCAUCGAACAACAACAACCCUCCCUCGCCACGAAGCCCACCAUGAGCAGCUUACCAGCUCAUUCUGGCAGUGUUGAUCAACCUUCAACCCAACCUUCAAUGCCCCUCAAGAAGCACACGAUCCCAAUUGGCGACAACAUCUGUCUCAUCCCCCGCCUCAUCAAGUACCUCCAGCGCAAAUACGGCACCAACUUCAAAUUUGGACCUGUCACUUUCGGAGGAGGAGAGUCUACUAUCGAGAUCAAGGUCCCAGAAGCAUCCGUCGGUACAGAGAUAUGGGAGUACGCUCGCCACGAAGUUCAAGUUCAUGCUCUGGGAAAGCACAAAGGUUCGGGAUUUGGAAAGAAGGGAGGCAAAAGUGAGAAGUCCAAGUUCACUAUGUCAUCCAAACCGGUAUUUGGAAAUAUGGAGUGGACUUAUGGAAAGUCUGGGAGCAAAAAGUUUGUCGACACAAAGACGGGUGAAGUGAUCUUUGAAGUUCCCAAGGCGUCUGCUCCUGUUCGACUUAGACCUGCUUGA